CCUAGACGCAAAAGAACUAUUUUCUUAUUUCCGAGUCGUCGUGCACUUCAUCUACACCUGGGAUACUAUAUAUAAAGAUGCCAAGAGAUCCAUUGAUCGGCUUGGUGGGAAAGCCGUCGAGCGGAAAGUCAACCACCCUCAACAGUUUGACCGAUGCUUCCUCCAAAGUUGGAAACUUUCCAUUCACCACCAUCGAUCCCCAGCGCGCUAUCGGUUAUCUUCAAAUCGAAUGCGCCUGCCAAAGACUGAACGUUUCCGACAAAUGCCGACCGAACUACGGGGGUUGCGUGGAGGGCCGCCGCUCGGUGCCGAUCGAGCUCUUGGAUGUAGCUGGUCUGGUUCCGGGCGCGCACCAGGGCCGCGGCUUGGGGAAUAAAUUCUUGGACGACCUGCGCCAUGCCGAUGCGCUGAUUCACGUGGUGGAUGUGAGCGGGACGACGGAUGCAGAAGGCAAGGCCACACGAGGCUACGACCCCUCACAAGAUAUCGAGUGGCUUCACUCUGAGAUUGUGCGAUGGGUGCUUGGCAACUUGAUGCAGAAAUGGGGAUCGAUCAAGAGGAGACAUGUGGCUACAAAAUCAACGGCCGUGGAUACAUUGCAGGCUCAGUUCUCCGGUUACGGAAGUACAUCCUCCAUCGUUGGACGGUGCCUGGAUAAGUUGGCGCUCAAGGAGCCAUUGGAGGCCUGGUCGGAUGAGACAGUGGAGAAGGUGGUCACGACGUUCAUCGACGAGAAGUUCCCUACCGUGUUUGCCUUGAAUAAGAUCGACCAUCCCGAUGCGGACAAGAAUAUCAGCAAGAUCGCCAAGAUGCAAGAUCCGAAGUCGAUCGUGCUGUGCUCCGCCAUCUCGGAAGUUUUCCUGCGCCGACUUGCAAAGCAGGGCUAUAUCAAAUACAUUGAAGGAAGCGAGUUCGUAGAUAUGCGAGAGGACCUGAUUGAUAUGGGUGAUCCGGAUGGAGGUGGCCUCAAGGAGAUGGACGAGAAGCUGAAAACGCGUGUCGAAAACUUGAAAGAUAUGGUUCUGUAUCGAUUCGGGUCCACCGGUGUUGUCCAGUGUCUUUCGCGUGCCGCGGAACUCCUGGGGCUUGUACCCGUGUUCCCUGUCCGCAAUAUCCAUACCUUCUCAUCCGGAGCUGGGACGGCAGUCUUCCGAGACUGUGUCCUCGUGGGCAAAAACAGCACAGUCGGCGACGUUGCCCGCAAGGUCAUGGGAGAUGUGCCCAUCUCAUACAUCGAAGGAAUCGGUGGCACUCGUGUCUCCGAGGACGAGAUUGUGGAAGUUGGGAAACACGACAUUCUUUCUUUUAAACCUGGCCGAUAGAUUCCCCCCGAAUACAAUCUAUGUACAGUUAACAUGAUAAUGAAACUAUAAACCGAG